GGAGGCGGAAACUCGUUUGGGGCUAUAUAUAAGCAGUUCAGCGUGGGAUUUUUGUAUCAGUGUCACCCUCCAAUGACCAUCAGCCUGACCGGGCGACAGCCAGAGCGCAAACAGAGCGCACACAGAGCGGAGGUCCGAGCUGGUGGGCGGUGUGGACUUGAACCGGCAGUGACCAGGAGGAGGAUCCCCAGCCCCUGCAGCCGCCAGGCCGGGACAGACACUGAUGCUGCCGCCGCCUCACAGAGCGCUGUCCGUCCGCUGUGGUGCUGAACCGCAGGACUCGACCCUUCAACCGGUGACGUAGAGCUGAGACUCAUUCAAGAGACUGAAGCUAUAAAAAAAUAAAAGAUAAAAAAGCUGCACAAACAUUUUUAUAGAUAUUUAUGGAUUUGAAGCAAAAAGAAAGAAGAGACAGAAAACACGGAGCAGAAGUGGUGGCUGGACUUCCCCCUGCCCUCGGCGUCACUCCGGCCGUCUGAGCUCAGCAGCGCGAACCCAGCGGAGCCUCCGUAGCUGCGGAGAGUGACAGAGGCUUUCGAUCAGUGAGUGGCCAUUGACGGUUCGUUGCGCGUGGACUGGAGCGCGGCGAGCUCCCUGUCUGACCUCGCGCUUUUGGGGAACACGCGGACCUGCUUGGCGCGCAGACUGAUUCUGACUGCACCUUUGGGCGCACUGGACUUCAGCGAGGUGAAUGUUGAUGACACCAUUGAAAUGUUACCAAAAUCAAGAAGAGCUCUCACCAUUCAAGAGAUUGCUGCAUUAGCGCGAUCUUCCCUGCAUGGCAUUUCCCAGGUUGUGAAGGACCAUGUGACAAAGCCUACAGCCAUGGCUCAGGGCAGAGUGGCCCACCUGAUAGAGUGGAAAGGCUGGUGUAAGCCCAUCGACACUCCAGCAGCUCUGGAAUCAGACUUCAACUCUUACUCCGACCUCACUGAGGGAGAGCAGGAGGCGCGCUUUGCCGCCGGUGUGGCCGAGCAGUUCGCCAUCGCGGAGGCUAAGCUGAGGGCCUGGUCCUCUGUGGACGGCGACGAGUCCAACGAUGACUCAUACGAUGAGGACUUUCUGCCUUCCAACGAGCCCACCACACAGAGCACAGAUGUGUCGUCAUAUCCUCCAUACUUGAAGGACCUGAUCCACAGCCAGCUUUGCCAACACCUGGGCCUGCGAGGGCCCUGUAUCGAGGGUGGAGGAGGAGGCGGAGAGGGAGGUGGCAGCGGAGAGCCGUCCCCCACGGCAGGCAGCCCGGGCUCUUCCAGCCUCUGCAGCCUGGACGAGCACCACCCGCUGCUGCGUGACCUGAGCGGCCACCGCGGGACCCACUCCCACAGCAACGCCGCCGAGCUCGCCGCCAAGAUCCUGUCAGCGCUGCAGGGAGGGGAGGAGCUGCUGCUGGCCAGACUGCAGAGGGCGGGGCAGAGCGGGCACAGCGGGGGGGACUGCGGCUUCCACAGCCUGGGCGGGGGAGGGCGGGGCAUCAGGCCCUGCGGGGGUCAGGACUCUCCUUGCUACUCCAUGUCUUACUCUGAGACGUACCUGUCACCUGGCGAGGACGACGACACCCCCUGCAAGGACUAUGAGAGCCCCAUGUGCCAGGUGGAGGCGGAGGGCAACGGAGAGGAGUACCCGCCUGACUACGACCCACGCAGGAGGGUCUCAGAUGUGGCCUCCUCUGGGGUCGUUUCUCUGGAUGAGGAGGAUGAAGAGGAAGAGGAGGAGAGGGCAGCAGAGCCAAACAACCAGUGACUCCUCUCAUCUCACCUCAGUGUUUCAUCCCUCCACACUCUUUGGAGGGAUUUCUUUUUUGCAACAACUUCCCCUCUCCUCCAUGGUGUCUGAAAAGUUUGAACCGCCGCCGCGCAUGCUGUUUUUUUUUGUUCCUCU